AUGGCGGUCGAUCCGCAUACUCUCACGCUUUCCACCGCUCUCGAAGCUCGCUAUUCACCCUCUGGCGAGAAGUGUGCUAUUUGCCAGGAGUUAUCAGAGGACGCGCCUCCUGUCUACGAUCCAGCAGAUGAAUACACAUCCGAUACAGAUUGUCAGGCUAACUUAGAAGCAGUCGUUACGAAGGUCUGUGGCGAUAAACACUUCUUUCACCGAAUUCGCAUCGAAUCGUGGUGGAAGUCUGCGAGUCCCCAUCUCAACACUUGCCCUGUCGAUCGUACAUUUUGCUACGGUGACGUACGAGUACCCCAGGAGCCUGUCAAUCAUCCUACGUAUACUACAUUCCCAGGUCAUGACCCACAUGCACACGGUACCGUUCACUUAGAUGGAACGGAUGAUUACCUAGGAUCUCUUUCAGCUGACGAUAUAGAUUUCAUUACCCGCGCACGAGACGAGGCAUUCAACUCGAUGCUUACUCCGAAUCAGGUCAAUUCAAUCGGUCCAUUGGUGGACAAUCUGCUUGAUCGUGCAAUCGAGACUGUGCAGAGGUGUGGACCCGAUUCUGGUAACAGAGUUACGAUCGAAUACUACUUGGAUGGUCGCCUGCUUGCGGGAGGGCUGGCCGCAGGCUAUAUCACGCGCGAAGAACUAGACAUGGCUAGGAAUAUCACCGAGAAUAUAAUGAUAGCAGCUCUGAACCGUACAGCCAUACCGCAUCGAGCGAUGGAGGAUGUGCAGGCCCCUUUCACUGCCAAUCCACAUGUUUCUGACGACAUUUUUGGGGAAAUGGUAAGAACUGGAGCCGACGAAGCCAAUUCUGAUCAUCACCAGCGUUAUCAACCCGGCCACAACGGUUUUAUGGUUUACAGGAAUGUACGCAUUGAGCUCCAAGCAGAAGGACCACAACAUUACCUUGACACUAUCGCUCAUAUGGUUGGCUUCUUCGACGAUGACCAAGAUGAUUCUGGUGGCGGUGACAUGGUGACCCUUUGUUAUCUUUAUGGCAUGCACCACUCCAAAGAGAUAUGGACGUGGAAACCCUCUUUGGUCGGAGAAGAUAGAUACUGUUGCCAGAAGUACUGGGAUGAGUAAAGGUAGUUUUGAUCGUUGAUGAAAUAUCGGGUCAGCUUCUUCGAACUUCAACAAUGAGAUUGUCGUAGAUAGGCAAUGGAAAGAACAAAAUACAUAUAACAUGCGUGUGUUAUCAGGGUGAAGCUGAGUCAUCCCGUGAGGUAGUUCUUAAGACCUCUACGUGCAUAUCGCUUUCUAUGACCGUGCGCCUCGUCACAGAUGCUAGAUACCGUAAUCCCCGCAGUCCGAAAAUUUUCCGGAUUUAUCCAUCGGCUUUUAUACCUGGG